AUGGCACAAACCAACCAUCUGCGCCGUCGUUGGGAUGGAAGCAAAUCAAGCAGUGUGGAGGCCUACAUAACCUUCAAGGCAUCACAAAACGCCGUCAAGACCCUCCUCCCUGACGUAUUCACUUUUCAAGAGCCUACAAAGGACGCUUUUAUGACCCUUGCACCCAAAGAAUUGGCCAAUCUAGAGUGGCUUGGUGGGCGAGGGUACCGCCUGUACAGUCUCUAUAUCCAUGGUGUUAGAUAUGCAGCCGCAGAUGGCACAACCUACAACGGAACCUACAUCCCUGUUUUAUGGGAGGAUCUAGCAGAUCCUAUCAUUAGCGGAAGGGAAGAGCUUGGUUAUCCAAAAUUAUUUGCGGAUCUGGACAUUACUCAAACGGUGACCUCUUAUGAUGCCAAAGCAAGUUGGAAGGGCACGACAUUCUCUACCUUUAAGCUGAAUGGCCUACGGGAGAUCCGAGAAGAGAGUCCAUGGAGACUUGCCCCCAAGGAGGCCGGCAUUGACGACGGUACAUUGCUGUAUCGCUAUGUUCCGGCCGUCGGGCAACCAGGCACGGCAGAUGCGGAAUAUCCAGUUUUUAUUCCUGCGGCAGAAGAAGCCAAGAGGCAGGCCGUCACACUGCUGAGACGAUUCAGUGCUCCACCCACACAGUCAAUAUUUAGUUGGCACCAGGGUGAUUCACGACUUCUACCUACUCUUCACCACAUUGUGCAACAAAUUGGACAUAUUCGUCCAUUGGAGAUUGUGGCUGCUGGAGUGGUUGAGAAGAAAGGGAUGGGGGAUCUUUCAUCCGCGCGAAGGAUCGACAAGGGGGCGGCCGUAUCCAAACUUUAG